AUCGACAAUAUCUUUGUCACCUUGACGGUCGUGGCCGUGAUCCUUGGCAUGACAAUCGGCUUGUUGGUCAAAAUCAAUGUGGAUCCAUCCCCCAGAACAAUUUAUUUAAUCUCGUUUCCCGGGGAGUUGUUGAUGAAUAUGCUAAAGAUGUUGAUCAUUCCACUGAUUGUUUCCAGUCUGGUUGCUGGUUUGGCUGGCUUGGAUCCAAAGUCGAGCGGAAAAAUCGGAAUGUACGCUCUGAUCUACUACGUGGUUACAACGGCCCUGGCGGUGAUGUUGGGAAUCAGCCUCGUGUUGAGUAUUCGUCCGGGUAAUGCAAACAUCAAACAAGCAAUGGGUGAGGGAACAAUAGCGGAAAGACGCCCCGAAACACUGGACUCGCUACUGGAUUUAAUGAGGAAUCUGUUUCCGGAAAAUAUUGUGCAAGCCUGCUUGCAACAGCAGCAAAGUGAAUUUGUUACCGUGCACAAACGCCCGAAAUAUGUCAAAUUGGAUAAUGCGAACCAAAGUGGGUUAGAGCAAACCAUGACGAUGUUGUCAACGCUCGCCCCUGACUUGCUCGAAAGCGCCAUGAAUGGGACCACGGGAGCCCCAGUCAAAAUGCCCAAACUGGAAUCGUACGAAGCUGUCCGUCCAAAAUACGUGGACAAGUUGGUUUUAUUUUCCUGUAUUACACCACGCAGAUAUUCGCCAUUCGGUAUAUUUUUCCUUAUUCUCGGAAAGAUGCUGGAAAUCGAUAACUUGAAGGAUACUGCUACAUCCCUCGGAUUGUACAUGACAACAGUCGUAUGUGGACUGGCGAUUCAUUCGUUGGGAACAUUGGCAUUGCUCUACUUUGUUAUCACCAGAAAAAACCCCUACAAAUUUUAUAAAGGAAUAUUCCAGGCGUGGAUCACUGCGCUGGGGACCGCGUCAAGUGCAGCCACCUUGCCAAUCACGUUCCGUUGCUUAGAAAACAAUUUAGGCAUCGACAAACGUGUCACGCGUUUCGUUCUUCCGAUCGGGGCGACGAUCAAUAUGGAUGGGACAGCACUGUACGAAGCGGUUGCAUCGAUCUUCAUCGCUCAAAUCAACGCUAAAGACCUGUCUGUAGUCGAAGUUUUCAUUGUCAGCCUUACGGCAACUCUGGCAGCCAUCGGAGCGGCCAGCGUACCUAGCGCGGGACUCGUAACAAUGAUGCUAGUUCUAACCUCUGUCGGUCUGCCAACAAAGGAUAUCUCACUGAUUCUUGCUGUGGACUGGCUCUUGGACCGAAUUCGAACUUCAAUCAAUGUUCUAGGAGACGCGGUUGGUGCCGGGAUAGUGGACCACCUUUGUCGCAAAGAAUUAGCCGAGAAGGAUGCUGAGACUGAGAGAGAAUUAGAUGAAGCAGUUGAGGAGUUCAGCAAACACCAGACAAUGCCCACGGAUCUUGUCAAACAUAACCACAGUUAG